ACUCCACGCGAAUACCAGCACCUCCUUCCCUCCUCUUUCUCGCUUCAUUCUUGUCGACACGUCGAACACGCGGAAAGCCGGGCAUGAUUAGCGCUCCGUUCGCUGGUGCGGCCGCGAUCGUGGGGUAUUUCCCAAUUGCCGCGGCGGGCUACUCCGAUUCAAGCACUGCCGUCCCAACAACCGGAGGAUUCAGCUACUUCUUUCGCGGCUUUUUCUUUGGAGCAAUAUUUCUCCUCGCUGCUCAGGUGUUUGUUAUCCACCGACUGCUGGUUCAUUUCCUUGCUGAUCCUUCGAAGAAGCGGCUACUCGCCCCCUCCGAAGGGGACAGGCCGUCAUUUGCUCGAGAUUUCGUGGGGGUCACGUCGAGGGAUGGAUCGAGGGAUGCGGAUCACGAAAUUCUGAAGGAUGAGCUCAUUGGGGAAAAGACUAAGUACUCCGCGAGUUCGGCGCACAAGACAUCGCGGGAGCACCACGAACCUUGGCCGGAGAACAUCGUCGAGUUCCUGAAAAAGGCAUUAACACCUAAUGAGGACGAGGAUACCUUCUUGUCAGCAGCAACACCUCCAGUGAACGGUUCUGCAAAAGGCGAUGCCGCAUCAGGCGACGUCCCGAUAGCGGUCGGCCCUACGGAGCAGUGUCAUUGGAUCAAUGUUCUGGUCCAAAGGUUUUACCUGGCCCUGCGUGGCAGCGAGCUCUUCAAAACGAAAGCGAAAGCCAAAUGGACGGAGAAGAUCAAUGCCAAGCUGAAAGGAAAUGCAUUCUUGUCGCGAGUGGAGAUAACAGAUAUAUCUUUGGGAGAUCACCCGCCAAAAAUCUUUGGAGUCAGAUUGCUGAAGGGUAUGUCGGACGAUCUGGCUGUGUCCGCUGAAAUAGAUUUGACCUACAAUGGUGGCGGGAGUAUCGCCAUACAAGCGACACUUGUUCGUGGAUUGAAGCUGCCCGUUCGUGUCUACGUAUCUAGCUUAGCAGGUCGGCUGCGAGUCCGAUGUCCUUCAAUCCGAUGGCCAGAUAUGAUCGGUGUCGCAUUCGUCGAAGACCCAGGCGCAUCCUUCCGAGUGGACUCACCAAUUACUGUGGGCGACAACGAGCUGCUGAGAGGGAUGGUCAAUAAGCUGUUAUCCAGUGUUGUAAGGAAGGUCUUUCUGGAGUUAUGGGUCUUGCCUUCGUGGAGGACAUUCUUCAUGCCUCUUAUGGAGCCGAAACUCGAGGACAUUCUGGCCCGCCAGCAACAAGCGAGCGCCCCCAAAGAUGCCAUUGCGGCGAAGAAGAUCCUUGCUUCGAAGGCUGCCACUUUGUGGGAGACCAGGUCGCCUCUAUUGCGUCACACUAACAAGGGAGGAGGAACCAAUCUGGUCCUCACUGGGGACGCCCUGGGUCCGUUGUCAUUCUCCACGGAUACAGUCCUUGAUCCCUCCUCGUCAACCAUUGAAGAAAUGGAGGAUAAGCUUGUACGGGGCUUCCUGGCAUAUGCAAAGGAUCUGCCCAACCAGAUCUUAGACGGCGCCGUAAAGCCAGACGACGCUUCGGAUACCACGUCCAUCACAUCGGAAUCUGAGGGUGGUACUCCUGCAGCCACACCUGGAACAGCAACACCGUGGAAAUCCACUCGCAACCGUAACAACAUCAUCAUUGAGAAGAAACGGGUCUUAGUUCAGGACGAGCAGGUGGCAGAAUUGACGAGAGCUACUAUGACGAUACGGUGCGAUGCCGAACGCGUGUAUUCCGUCUUGUCAAAUCCAGAGCAUCAUCGGCACGCGGAUGAGACGUACUCCGGAUCAGAGAUUGUGCAUCAGUUCGAUGAUGCACGUGGUGUCCUUACUUCGACUUAUCGCCUAAACAAGGCAACGCAGAAGGUUUUCACCACUUUCAAUGUCAAGCGCGUCCUUAGCCCGAAACGGUCUGCGUCUGGCUCGUCUCUCGCCAUUCCAGCAGAGGAUGUAGAAACGGCGUCCAUCGUUACCACGCAGUCGCGUGCGUCGGAGUCCACGGCCCGCACUACCGAUAGUGUCGACAGGCCUGUUGAGUUCAUUGUUGUUUCUAGAUCGAUCAGAAGCUUCAAUGAAACCGCUCAACAGACGGCCACACAGGAAUCGACCCUCGUGCCCGGUCAUAAUGAAAGUUCGGGGGGAAAAAGCAGCAACCCGGGAAGCAACUGGCAGGGACUCGCUGGAUUUGCCGUGCAAGCAGCUGCUGAGAACAACUCGUCAAGUAGCCCGUCCCAAUCUCCACCGUUGCCACAGCGAGGCCCAACUCCCGCCUCCACCUCUUCCAAUGCAACUCAGGCGGCCGUAAACCCAAUACCGAACGAUACAAAUGAUCCACCCAGCGGCAAGAUAUAUGUCUAUGGCUAUCUCAUCACGACCGACCCCACAACGAAUGGAUCCGACACAUGCAGGGUAACUGUCCUUUCGCAGCUGAGCAGUGACCUCGCAAAGUUGGAGAUCUCCUAUGAUGCCUGUCGAAAGCUGAAAACGUUCAUCGAGGAGCUUGCAUCAUUAUCAGGCUACGGGACCGAUCCAAGCAAGGAUCGCAACAAAGACGGGUUGUCCAAUCGAAAGGCCAGUGGAAAUUUGAGAAGACGGCGCUUCUUCAGCGACAAUGCUUCAGAGAAAUCCAACUCCAUGUCCUCAACCUUUGCCACGGUCUCCUCUGCAUCUUUAGCCACCCUUGCAUCAGCGUCAGCUGGAUCGACAACAUCAGAGAAAAUCAAAAAUAUUGUUGGGUCCACGGCAGGGUACCUGAUUCGCUCACGGAGAGUGGCGGGAUGGCUCAACAAAGGAAGCGGGCGAGGAGAGGGCGCAGCCAGCGGUGGUGAGCAGACGCCGACGACUCCGUCUGUACAGUCUCCGGACAUGGACUCCCCUGCGAUUUCCGAAAGGAUCUCCAGCCUUGCUGAUGAUGCAGAUUUCGAAGGCGAAUCCAUGCCGCUAGGCCGGUUGCCUCGCAGGCGCUCAUCUAGUGAGAGUAUGGUCGGCCGUAGCAGUGAAGUCGAUCCUUUGCCCGUUCCGAUCAAUCGAAGUCGCGCGAGCACCAUGUCGUACUCAUCCGCUAACACUCCAGAUGAUCUCAUUGCCGAAUCGCUGGAAAGUCGAGGAUCUAUUGCAUCGUACGCGUCCACGGGCACCUCUCUGCAUCUACCGCCAGCAAGUUUCGAGGACGAGGUGUCAUUGAGGGGAAGCAUACAUAAUAGUUCUCAGCCGGAUUUGACGUCUUCCGCGGAUGAUGGGCCUUUGACUGACGUGGACGAGGAUCGAGAUGAAGACGACGAUAAUGCGUCACACCAGGGGAUAUUCCAGGCCGACUUCGGAGCGGCCGCGUCUUCAGGGGUGGCUUCAUCGCCUCCAUCAUUACCUCCUCGCCUUCCGUCACGUCCGCUUGCAGCGUCUCUCGAAUCUCCCGGCAAUGCUGACUUGGCAUCACUUUCAGGACCGUCCAAGAGUGUGCACGACUCUGAAAAAGUGGUGACCAUUGGCCCACGGACUCUUUCAUUCGUUCAGAUCGACUGCUUUCGGGAAGAGCAUCCACCGGAUGCCAGAUUAGCGUUCACUUGGGACUAUUUUGUCGUGGACGCUUCUCAACAUCAGCAGCACAAUAGUCAAGCUGCGUACGGAUCAAAUACUACUGUUCUCUUUUCUCUCUACUUCAUUCCCAUUCCGGAGUCUGAUGAAACGAAUGAAACGAAGGCUGAUACGCCUUCGCAUGCCGCCGAACGCAUCUUACUUCGAUGCCUGCCGAAAGCCAGCAAUAUCCCCGCUGGACUCAUGAAUAGCAUCGACACCAUGUCAACGGAAGAAUUGUCUACUGCAAGAUACAUCAUACCCCCAGUUACGACACACACGAGAUUCAACCAGAAAGCAGCGGCCGAAAUACUAGUCUCUUACUUGCCCUCUGGGAGGUUCCUUCUUGUCUUUGACAAUACCGGCGAAAGGAGGAUGACGAAAGCUGCCUAUUAUAACGCCGCAAUCCGAGUCGUCUCAGACAAGCCCAAAGACGAAGGCCGCCCUGACUCGGGGGGAUUCCGCACCCCUCCUCCGAUGCUCGGCGGGGAAUCCGAAUUUGCAUUGCAUCAAUCUCCCUCCUUAUCAGCAUUAUCACGAUCGCUCAAUGCACACAUACCGGUCACUCCUAUCCGCACGACGUUGGACGUUGCGGUGCCACGGAAACAGCGUGUGAGACUUCCAGUUCUGGUCGAUGCUACUGUCGACCAACCCGUUGAUUUAUACUGGGAGUUCCUGGUGGCUGCUGGGUCUGAGGUUGGGUUCGAGGUUCACUUCGAGGAGAUUGUGGGAGGGCAAGGCGACCGGGACAGCCACGAGACUGAGGAGGAUGGUCCGCCGAUGUUACCUCUCGUCCGCGCCGAUAUCGAUCCGCAGAUGAGUUCGUUGCUGAAUCUCAUUGCCGGCGAAAAGGCCGAGGAAAGCUCGUCUGCGCCAUUAGAUGUCUCGAAAGAUCCAACGAGCAACACGACCACGCAGGAGGCAGCAGAUCUCCUCGUCGCUGCAUCUGCAGUGACAGAAGCGAUCUUGGCCGGGCCGGACUCGGCCGUCUUUGGUCGGUCUGCCACGCCACCAGCGACGACGCCACGAGACUCGCAAUCCCAAUCGCCGGGCAUGUCGCGUCAAUCCUCCCGACUCUCCCUCUCAGCUCGUUUGGCUGCCGCCGUACAAGCCCGCCAAUCUCAAACGCUUACCCACUCACCCCAUGUCGUCGACAAUUCUACUACUACCACCACCACCGCCAGCGGCAGCAGUAGCAGAAGCGCCCCGGUCCCAUUCACACGCACCCUCACUCUCGUCCGCGACGCAUCAUCCGCAUCUACCUCCUCUUCCACGACGUUAGCCCACGAUGCCUCACAACAACCACCAUCGAAUGCCCGUGGCGGCCCGCGGUGCAGCGCAGGUAAGGCUUCGCGUCGGAUCAAUAGCCGAGGCGUCGUCACAUUUGUUUGGGAUAACUCGCAUGCUGUUGUUGCGGGACGGCGAGUCAGUUUCACUGUCUGGACCGAGCCCGUUGUCAAGUAGCGUGCGAGCGCGGCGUUGGAUCGGACGUGCUGUUACGCAUGACUCCACAGACGGAGCUGCAGUUUUUCACGAAGGGGAAGAUCUGUUUUUCUGCCUGCGUCGUUGAGCUUUUGCGUCCUCCUCUGCCCCUCGGCCUGUUCUUUCAUUAAUCAGCAAAUGUUAGAUCGGUCUCAGGCCUCCACUCGCAAAGCUUCUCUGGCCUUUCUCGUUU